AUGAGUAAUACUGAAUUGAUUACCGUCGCGGCGCCUCAGCCAGCCACUGCUGCUUCAGCCUUUGAAGACCGAGACAGAGCGUCAUCACCACAAGAUAUAGAGGAAGAACCAACAGAUCGCGGGGGAACUGAACAAGAGCUUGCCCCUGUAGAUGGAGGACUUGCUGCUUGGAAGAUGCUCUUUGCUGCAUUCAUGUUUGAGACAUUCCUAUGGGGUUUCCCCUUGUCUUUCGGUGUCUUCCAAGAAUACUACUAUAACAUUCCUGAAUUUGCCAACAAUCGCUAUAUCUCGGUUGUCGGUACCAUGGCAUCUGGAUUUGGAUAUCUCGGGGCACCGUUUGUUAUGCCUUUUAUCCAGCGAUAUCAACGGUGGCAACGGCAAAUGAUAUGGGUCGGAUGGCCAAUAUGUAUUGCUGGACUCGUCUUAGGCUCCUUUGCAUCCACCCUGGAGGUGCUUAUCCUUACGCAGGGUGUGGCUUAUGGUGUCGGCUUUCUCAUAUUCUACUACCCAAUCCUAAGCAUGGUAAACGACUACUGGAUUACGCGCCGCGGUAUGGCUUAUGGUAUUCUUUGUGGUGCUUCUGGUGUCUCGGGGUCUGUUAUGCCGUUCGUACUACAUGCGCUCUUGGGGAAAUAUGGAUAUAGGACGACGCUUCGUGCUAUGGCGGUGGCUCUCACCUUGCUCACGGGGCCGCUGAUACCUCUUUUGAAGAGUCGCUUGCCGCCCUCAAAGCGGACUAAUGCUCGAAAGAUUAACUGGAAAUUUUUGCGAAGUCCUUUAUUUUGGAUGUAUUCCGCUUCAAAUCUGCUACAAGGGUUUGGCUACUUUUUCCCAUCCUUGUACUUACCGACUUAUGCGUCUUCACUGAAUCUCGGCAGCAGGAGUGGUGCACUUCUUCUCGCGCUGAUGAGUGUCUCUCAAGUCGGUGGCCAGUUUGUCUUCGGUUUUUUAUCUGAUCGAAAGGUCUCAAUCAACGUCCUGGCUUGCUUGUCAACCACAGUUGCAGCAAUUUCUUGUCUCACGAUGUGGAGGCUAGCCAAGUCUCUUCCGGCUUUAGUAAUCUUUGCCAUAAUAUAUGGUUUCUUUGGCGCGGGAUUUACUGCUAUAUGGGCGAGAAUGAGCACAGCCAUAACCGAAGAUACUACAGCAGGACCGAUGGUUUUCAGUCUGCUCAAUUUUGGCAAGGGGAUUGGAAAUGUUCUUGCGGGACCUAUUGGUGGAUUCCUUAUCUCCAGUCCAAAGUCGACUGAGGCUUUGUCGUCGAUAUCCUACCACUGGAUUAUUGUCUUCACUGGACAAUGGAUAUUUCCUGGUCAAAUCAAGAAAGAUGAUCGGACGCUGCUGAUUCCGGACGAGGCUUCUGAAUUUGCAUGGCACCAUAUCACACCCACAACGGAUCUCAAGUAUUAUCCUUGCUUCGGCGGCUAUCAAUGUGCUCGUCUAGAGCUCCCAAUGAACUGGAAUCGGACGGACGGCGCUGGUGAGAAAAUUGCUUUAGCGAUUACUAAGCUCCCAGCCAGAGUGCCUGUCACCGAUAAGCGGUAUGGGGGACCUGUAUUGAUCAAUCCAGGCGGACCGGGAGGUUCGGGUGUGGGUUUCCUCUUCCGACGGGGUCAGCGCAUCCAGACUAUCGUCGACUUUACCUCCAGUCAACCAGAGCCUGACAGCGAUCUCGGCAAGUAUUUUGAUAUCAUUGGGUUUGACCCUAGAGGUGUAAAUAAUACUACACCUAACUGGUCAUGCCAUCCGGAUGCUCAAUCUCGAUUCGAAGCUAGAUUGCAGGAGGAAGCAGAAGGUAUUAUCGGUAGCUCAGACAAUGCAGUCAAUCAAGCCUGGGCUCGGAAUGAGGCUUUAGGUGCGGCGUGCGCUAAAACCAAAACCGAUUCAGAAUGGGUGGGUAACUUCAUGAACACAUCUCCCGUGGUGCUUGAUAUGGUCGAGUUUAUCGAACGACAUGGCGAGUGGCGUGAAGUCGAGACAGAAAGAUUGAUAUCUCGAAAUUCUCUCGAGUUGACCCCCAGUGACACUGUUGAUGCCGUUAGGAAACGAAAUUCUUGGAAAAGAGGUGAAGAGAAACUUCUGUACUGGGGAUUCUCCUACGGAAGCAUUCUUGGAAUGACCUUUGCAGCAAUGGAACCUCAUAGAAUUGAACGCGCCGCCAUAGACGCUGUCUGUAAUGCAACUGACUACUACACUGGAUCCUGGCUUUCGAAUUUGCAAGACACCGAUUCUAUUAUAGACAAAUUCUUCGAGUAUUGCCAUGAAGCGGGUCUCGAAAGUUGUCCAUUUGCAAUUGGUGAAACGCCGCGCGAUCUCCAAAAGAAAUUUGAAGAUAUACUCGCCACAUUAAAAACUGAACCGAUUGUGGUUUUAGGAAAUACCGAUCAAGUGCCAGAUGUGGUCACCUACAGUGAUCUGAAUCGCUUGAUAGCCGACACGGUUUAUGUUCCAUAUCAAAACUUCGAGCUUCUAGCCAAGGUUCUUGCAGAGGUAUCGCAGGGCAACGGAACAUCAUUGUUGGAGGUAAAGCGACAAGCCCACAAAAGCUGGUCACCAUCUUCGACUAGCUGUAAAGAAGAUUCCAGUGGGAAGGACUGUUAUAGCGUUGACGAUGAGGCAGCCAUCGGGAUAGCUGGUACAGAUGUGAUCACUAUCAAAAAUACCAGCAAAGCUUCCUUUCUCGAGUAUCGGAGAACACUGAAUAAUCAAAGCAAGAUCUUUGGGGACAUGUGGUCUACUAUUGCACUCAAAUAUCUAGGAUUCAAGCAGAGAGCUGCAUGGAGAUUUGACGGUGAAAUUGGUGGCGAGACAGCGCAUCCGUUGUUGUUUAUUGGAAACACUCGGGAUCCGGUGACUCCUCUUAGAAAUGCCCAAUUGAUGUCUGGCUUUUUCCCGAAUUCCACUGUCCUUGAGCAACGCUCUGAAGGUCAUGGUUCAAUCAGUGCGCCUUCUAUAUGCACGGCAAAAAUUGUUCGAAAGUAUUUUCAGACCGGAGAGCUACCGAACACAGGCACGGCCCAGUUUUAUCGGAUGUCAAAGACUUCCACCAUGACUACAUCUAUAGUAGCCGAAGAGACGUCUCACCUCCAUAGCCUUAGUGCUAUUCGAGAGACACGAACUACAUUGCGCGCAUCAAGUAAAGAUCCUGCCCUCCUGCAUCGGUCACUGGCAGAGUUACCGCACAAAGUUACCCGCGCACAAGGGAACUACUUGUUUCUUGCCAAUGGCCAAAAGAUACUCGACGCCUGUGGAGGAGCAGCGGUCGCUAUCUUGGGCCAUGGAAAUUCCGAAGUAAUAGCAGCAACAACGGCUCAGAUGCAAAAAGUGAGCUAUAUACACACCGCCUCAUAUACCACGGAACCGGCCGAGGAGCUUGCACAAUUGCUUCUCAAUAUGGGAAGCGGUGCACACAAAUUCGAAAAAGCCUAUCUAGUGGGUAGUGGAAGCGAAGCAAAUGAAGCCGCACUCAAAGUCGCCCGGCAAUACUUUGUUGAGAAGGGAGAGCCGCAAAGAUGCCACUAUGUGGCAAGAAAACAAGCCUACCAUGGUAAUACGAUGGGAGCAAUGGCUGUGUCAUCCAAUGUGCCUCGGAAAACGCCUUAUCUAGACAUACUGCCUACCAAUGUGUCGUUCGUGAGCCCGGCGUACGCAUAUCAAUAUCAAAAGAGCGACGAGACCGAGGAACAAUACGUGGAAAGAUUAGUCUCGGAGCUUCGAGAACAGUUCCUCAGCAUCGGUCCCGAGAAGAUCAUAUCAUUUAUAGCGGAACCAGUGGUUGGUGCGACUUCAGGCUGUGUAUCGGCUCCAAGAGGUUAUUUCCGGGGUGUCAGGGACCUCUGUAAUGAAUACGGGAUUCUACUUCAUCUUGAUGAAAUAAUGUGUGGUGUCGGACGAACAGGAACUUACUUCGCGUUCGAGCAGGAAGGAAUUCAGCCAGACAUAGUGACGAUCGGAAAAGGUCUUGGGGGUGGCUACGUCCCUGUAUCAGCGAUGCUUAUUGGUGACAAAAUUGUUCGUGUACUAAGACAAGGCACAUCGGCGUUCAAUCACGGUCAGACAUUUCAAGCUCAUCCAGUAGCAUGCGCUACUGCCUUGGCUGUACAAAAUAUCGUGAAACGAGACUAUCUCGUAGAGCGCUGCGCCGAGAAUGGUAAAACGCUUGAGAAACUGCUGCAAGAAACGUUUGCGGAUUGCAAGUAUGUCGGUGAUAUACGAGGAAGAGGACUCUUCUGGGCCCUGGAAUUUGUGGAGUAUCGAAGCAACAAAGUUCCCUUUCGAAAGAAUGUUGCAUUUGGUGGAAGAGUUUAUAAGGCAGCUUUUGAUCUUGGGGUGGCCGUUUAUCCGGGUGCAGGAACGAUUGAUGGAGUCAACGGCGACCAUAUACUCAUAGCACCACCUCUCACAGUCACCAACGACGAGCUACAUUUAAUAGUUUCAACUUUAAAAAGGGCAUAUGAUGUUACCGUGGAAGUACUGGGUAUAUGA